GUAAUCCAAACCUUUUUCUUUGAGACCAAACAAAUGGAAUUUUCAUUCCAAAUUUCAGCAGCUCCAACUCCAAGAUCUUCUCCUUUAACAUUCAGCUAAAACAAGCAAACUAGCUCCAAGUCAGAACAAAGACCAUGUCUUUAGCUUCAACUAGUCACCUCUCUCUCUGUUCUUCACCACCCUUGCCAAGAACGGCUUUAACCAAGCAGACCCCACUUCUGUUUUCUCAAACCAAGCUUCUUUCAUCCAAGAAUUGGUCAUCCCUGAGCACUUCAACCUGUUUUCUAAAUACCCAAUUGGUAAAGCUGUCAAUUUUUGUCGUAAAAGCAUCGGAAACUGAGUCUCAAACAUCGAAACCAGCAGCAGAAAGUGGAAAUGAAGAAGGAGGAGAGGAAGCAUUUGAAGAAUAUGAGGUAGAAGUGGUGCAGCCUUAUGGGCUGAAAUUUGCCAAGGGUAGAGAUGGUGGAACUUACAUUGAUGCGAUUGCAGCUGGUGGAUCUGCUGAUAAAACUGGCAAGUUCAGUGUUGGGGAUAAAGUACUUGCCACCAGUGCAGUUUUCGGGGAUGAAAUAUGGGCUGCUGCUGAAUAUGGGAGGACAAUGUACACCAUUCGCCAGAGGGUCGGUCCACUUCUAAUGAGAAUGCAGAAGAGAAACGGCAAGAUAGAUAAUUCAGGUGAAUUAACAGAAAAGGAGAUUAUCAGAGCUGAAAGGAAUUCUGGUGUAGUUAGCAACAAAGUGAGGGAAAUCCAAAUGCAAAACUACUUGAAGAAAAAGGAACAAAAAGCAAGGAGAGAAAGUGAACUUCGAGAAGGGCUGCAGCUUUACAAGAAAGCCAAAUAUGAGGAAGCAUUGGAGAAAUUUGAGUCUGUACUAGGAUUAAAACCAGAGUUAGAUGAAGCUUCGGUGGCAAGUUACAAUGUUGCUUGUUGUUAUUCUAAGCUUAAUCAGAUACAAGCUGGGCUCUCUGCACUUGAGGAUGCCCUGAAAGCUGGCUUUGAAGACUUCAAGAGAAUCCGGACUGAUCCUGACCUAGCCAAUGUAAGAGCAUCUGAGGAAUUUGAUCCUCUAUUGAAAAGAUUUGACGAAUCAUUCAUCAAUGAGAAUGCCAUCAAUGCCAUAAAAUCUCUAUUUGGAAUUUUCAACAAGAAAUAGAGUCACGAGUUACUUUGGAAAUUAAAGGACUUGAACUGGUGUGCGUUUGAGCUUACUACAAAGUCAACAAAGGGAUUGACUAAGGCAUCAGCCAUUUGAUGCUUCAGAUGGAUCAGUUUCGCCAGUAUCUAUUUGUUCAUGGCUUUAGUUUUGGAUGAGUUUUGAGUAAUUUUUGUUUACUGUACUUAUUUCCAUUUUUUUUCUUCUCUGAUGAGAGUCUUCUAUUUGUAAUUUGCAAGAAUUGAAGAUAGAAGGAAACUUAAGAGGGUUACGAAAAGUUUCAUA